CAAAAAUUUUUGGUAUCAUUCGUCAGUUGAAUUCUACGCAGAGCAGUCGUCAAUAACUAUCAGUCAUGAGCGGAAGAGGCAAAGCAGGAAAAGCAAAAGGAGGCAAGUCCAAGACCAGAUCGUCCCGUGCCGGACUCCAGUUCCCGGUCGGUCGUAUCCAUCGUCUGCUGAGAAAGGGAAACUACGCCGAGCGCGUCGGAGCCGGAGCACCGGUAUAUCUGGCCGCCGUCAUGGAGUACUUGGCAGCCGAAGUUUUGGAGUUGGCCGGUAACGCGGCCCGUGACAACAAGAAGUCUCGUAUCAUCCCCAGACAUUUGCAAUUGGCCAUCAGAAAUGACGAGGAGUUGAACAAAUUGCUAUCCGGAGUAACCAUCGCUCAAGGUGGUGUGUUGCCCAACAUCCAAGCCGUUCUUUUGCCCAAGAAGACCGAAAAGAAAGCUUAAUUGUUUUCACCCCGACGCUCGCCAAACUAUAUAAAAAGGCCCUUUUCAGG